AUGGAUCGUCAUAUGAAAGUGGUUCAUGACUUGUUGUUGGCUUCAGAACUUAACAAAGAGGUUAGUGCCAUCGGCAUUUGGGGUAGGGCAGGUGUUGGGAAGACAACACUUGCACGGUACGUUUAUGCAAACAUCUCCGUAGAUUUUCAGAGACAUAUUUUCCUUGAAAACUUGGAAGACAAGAUUCUAAAAUUUGAAAGUGGGGAAGAUACAACUUUAAUAACAAGUUCAGAUCACGUUUGGCAUGAAGUUACCGAAGCAAAGCGUAAAAACCGGAAAGUUCUCCUUAUUGCUGAUGAUGUGAACAACAUCGAACAAGGGAAGUGGAUCAUUGAAUACGCCAAAUUGUUUGCUCCAGGAAGCAAAAUUAUUCUUAUUAGCCAAGACAAGAAUUUGCUUGUUGACGCGGGAGUGACUAAUGUGUAUGAAGUCAGAACUCUAAGAUGUGAUGAAGCUCUUCAACUAUUGGGAGAUCAAGAAGAUCGACCUAAUCUAAUGGUCAAUAUUAGGAUACAUCAAUAUGUUAGAAUAGGAAGUUAA